AUGAGCUUCGCUGCUUUGUAUAUCACAUACCAGCUCUUCACCACUGUUUAUACAGUAUUCUUCCAUCCGCUGAGCCAUGUCCCUGGCCCCUGGUACCUUGCUGCCACCCGUAUACCAUACAUACUUCACAGUUUGAACGGCAGUCUAUUGUCUUGGAUGCAAGAGCUGCAUGAGCAGUAUGGCGAAGUCGCUCGAUACAGUCCCAACGAGGUAUCUGUCAUUUCGGGCGAAAACAAUCCGUGGCAAGAUAUCUAUGGUUUCCGCACCGGCAAACAGAAGCAUACUGGAAGCUUCGAGAAAGAUCCUGCGUGGUACCCAACCCCAAUGAACGGAGUUCCUAACCUCUUGACUGCUCCUGGAGAGAAUCACGGUCGUCAGAGACGAGUCAUCAGCCAUGCAUUCUCUGACAGAGCCCUUCGUGAACAAGAAGGCUUACUCCAGUCGUACGUGGAUCUACUCAUCUCAAGAUUUCGCGACAUCUCAGAGCACCAGCCUGGAUACGCCUCUGGUGGCGAUGGCUGGGAUUCGACCUACAAGAUCGAGCUUUGCAGCUGGUACAACAGUUUUACAUUCGAUGUGAUCACCGAUUUGAGUUUCGGGCAUCCUUUUGGUUCGCUUGCCGAUAUGAAGCAACACCUAUGGGUCGGCAACAUUCUUGAAGGCCUCAAAGCUGUCAAGUUUGCCUAUGUUACACACUACUUUCCAUUUGUCAGGAAGCUGGGCUCACUGAUCAUCAAUAGAUCGCAGAUUCAGAAGCGCAUUGAACUUUUCAAAUGGAUUGAAGCAAAGGCCGCGGCCAGAAUCGCUGCUGAGACGCAGCGACCAGAUUUCGUCACGUCUAUCUUGAAGAACCAGAAGGGUGAUAUCGAAGAAGCAGAAAGCAUAAGAGGUGACGGCUUGCGAAAAGGUGAGCUUGAGAGUAACUUAGGUCUGUUCCUCGUGGCUGGUACAGAAACUACAGCAACAACGUUGUCCAUCGGCACCUACCUUCUCAUCGACAACCCAGAUGUGAUGAACAAGCUCAAGUACGAGAUACGAAGCCGCUACAAGAAUGACGCCGAGAUUACCGUCGACGAUGUCACCAACUUUGAGUACUUGAAUGGUUUCAUUCAUGAAGUCUUGCGUUGCUAUCCCCCUAUACCUACCGGCUUCUUGAGAAAAGUGCCAGCGACAGGCGCAGACGUGGCCGGCAUUCAUUUCUCUGGCAAGGGAAAUGCCUCCAUCGCAGUCAGCCAGUACAUUGCCAAUCGCUCCUCCCUCAACUUCGCAGACCCGACGCGUUUCGUACCCGAGAGAUGGCUUCCGAACCCACCACGCAAGUAUGCCAGCGAUAAUCUCGCCAUUGUGCAGCCGUUUUCUUUUGGACCUAGAAACUGCCUGGGCAAGAAUCUGGCGUAUGCAGAGUUACGCUUGGUGUUCACUAAGUUGUUGUUCAACUUUGACAUUGAGUUGGAUCCCAGAAGUGCUGGUUGGGAGAAGAGACUCCAGCAUCAUACUUUGUUCUAUAGACCUGCUCUUUGGGUGAAGCUGACUGCUGUGAGGGACUGA